CUCACUUAGCUAUCGAGUCAAGAACCGCCCAAUUUCCUCAAUAAUGACCGACCAACCCGAGUAGUCCGAGGCCAACGAGGUCACUGAGACGGCAAGGAACACGAAGGGGCGCCGUACUGCGCACAAGAAAUCUCGACGGGGUUGCAUGCAGUGUAAGAAGCGCAAGGUCAAGUGCGAUGAAUCACGACCGGUUUGCUUCAACUGCCUCCGGAGAGACGAUGUCGACUGCAGCUUCCGGCGUCAGAUUGACUCGGCCGGUGGUGAUGGCACACGGACAGAAGAUGCGCCAUCACCAUUGACCAAGAAGAUCCAUUCUUGUUCGACCUCAGCGCCCUUGCGCGUAUUGGCGAUGGUCGGUCCGAGUACGUGGCGAGGCAGAUCGCCGUCGCGCUUAGGACACAAGCGGCGACACUCGCUCAAAUCAAUACAGGGCUCUCAUCCUUGGAAACGAGCCUCCAGAAUGUCUCGAACAACAACAGCCUGGCACCUUUGCAGCCGGACCAUCAUGCCGAGCUCGCUCUCCGUCACCAUUGGUGCACGGUCACGGCACCAUGUCUGUCGUGGAGUGAUGCCGAGGCCCAACUCUGGCAAGUCCGCUUACCACAACUCGGUUUUCAACACGCCCACGUCCUUCAUCUCUUGCUGUCGCUAACAGCCUUGCACGAGGCUUAUCUCGGAGCCCCUGAACGCCGCGAAUCGUUGCUGACGAUAGCCCAGUCCUAUCUUGUCUCCGGCACGCGCGGGGCGUCCUCCCUGAUUCUCGGCCUCUCUGACGAGACGUUCGAGGUCAUCUACACGUCGGCAGUCUUGAUCGGCCUCAACGCCCUCGCCGAAGGUCCACAGCCUGGAGAUUACGCAGCCUUCAGCGACGAUGGACGACCGAA